AACAUUCAAAUUCCAAGCAAGAUGCUGACCUUUUCGCAUCCCAAAAUGGUAAGAUAGAAAAGAAAACCAGUUUUCAGUUCAAGUUGUAAUCUUUUUCUGCAGCAGCCAUUCCUUCACAUAAAUUUCAUGGCAGAAGCCGACAAAGCAAGCAAAUGGGACAUUUUCAUUGACCCCAGCUUGCUUCCCUGUUCCGACUCUUUCUCUCUAUAAAAACCCAACAAAAACUCAUACAACAAUCUUAAACUUGACUAAACACAACAAAACAAGUACAUGGCAAAUCCAGGAUGGGUUUUUGGUCUUAAGACCUGGUUGAUCUUAACAAGCCUCUAUCUCUCUCUGAGUAGUUGUGUAAUUGCAACUUCUUUGGAAGACUCAGUUGCCCAACAAAAACUUGAUAAGGUUCCUAAGCUUCCUGGGCAGAAUUUCAAUGUGAGCUUUGCACACUAUGCUGGUUAUGUUACUGUCAAUGAAGGCUCAGGGAGAGCUCUCUUUUACUGGUUCUUUGAAGCUGCUGAGGAUCCUGAUUCCAAGCCUCUUCUUCUUUGGCUCAAUGGAGGGCCUGGGUGUUCAUCCGUUGCUUAUGGUGAAGCAGAGGAAAUAGGCCCAUUUCACAUUAGGCCAGAUGGAAAGACCCUUUACUUGAACCCUUACUCUUGGAAUAAAGUUGCCAACCUUCUAUUUCUUGAGUCUCCCAUUGGAGUUGGUUUUUCAUAUUCAAAUACUUCGUUUGAUUUGCUUAACAAUGGUGAUAAAAGAACCGCUAAGGACUCACUGGCAUUUUUGCUAAAGUGGCUUGAGCGCUUUCCUCAGUAUAAAGAAAGGGAUUUCUACAUUGCUGGAGAGAGCUACGGAGGGCAUUAUGUUCCACAGCUAAGUCAAGCUAUUUUAAGAUACAACUGGGCAACCAAGGCAAAAGCAAUUAAUCUAAAGGGUUAUAUGGUUGGAAAUGCUUUAACUGAUGAUUACUUCGAUCAUUUGGGGGUCUUCCAAUUUAUGUGGUCAGCAGGUUUGAUUUCUGAUGAAACAUACAAGCUAUUGAAUGUACUAUGUGAUUUUGAGUCAUUUGUCCACUCCUCAAGUUCUUGUGAUAAGAUUAUGGAGGUUGCAAGUGAAGAACUUGGAAAUAUUGACCCAUAUAGCAUCUUCACUCCUCCCUGCUCUGCUAAUGUUAGCCAGUCAAAGUGGCUUCUGAAAAGAAGGCUUAGGGUUGGUCAGGUCAGUGAUAAGUAUGAUCCUUGCACUGAGAAGCACUCAGAAGUAUACUUCAAUCUACCUGAGGUUCAAAAGGCACUCCAUGUUUUACCAGAAGUUGCACCAUCUAAGUGGGAGACGUGCAGUGAUAUUGUAAGUACCAACUGGAAGGAUUCUCCAAGAACUAUGCUGGAUGUUUACCGUGAGCUUAUACAUGUAGGACUUCGCAUAUGGAUAUUCAGUGGUGACGCAGAUGCUGUAAUCCCUGUUACAUCCACCCGCUACAGUAUAGAUGCUCUCAAGCUUCCAACUGUGAAGCCUUGGCGUGCCUGGUAUGAUGAUGGACAGGUGGGAGGAUGGACUCAGGAGUAUGCUGGACUUAACUUUGUUUCAGUGAGGGGAGCUGGGCAUGAAGUCCCUUUGCAUAGACCCAAACUAGCUCUCACACUCGUCAAAGCAUUCUUAUCAGGAACCUCGAUGCCGGGCUUGGAACAAGUCAGUGACUCCUGAAUUUGGGUUGGGUGACAGGUUUCUCGAAAUAAGGAAGAGAACAUUUCUCUAUGUGACUGCAAUGUUUAUGUGGGUGGCCACAAACCAUUCUUCCUUUCCCAAAAAUAUCCAAUCAACAUUCAGCACAAUGUUUCGAUUGAGAUGUGAACCAUGUUGAAAUUAUUAGAAAUGGUUUAAUUCAGUCUUGUCCCAUUUGAAUUUAACAUCUCAUAUAUGUCAGGCAUGGUUGUAUUAUAC